AUGGAAGUAAAAUGUGAAUAUAAAGCUCACUUGGUAGCACAGGGCAAUGGGAACACUGGAAUGGCCUCUACUGAUCUGAGAGAGGAGCUGAACUGCUCCAUCUGCCUGAGCAUUUAUACCCACCCCGUAACCCUGCCCUGUGGGCACAGCUUCUGCCAGGGCUGCAUUGGGAGGGUUCUGGACACACAAAAGAGAUGUGGGCUUUAUACCUGCCCCGACUGCAGAGCAAAGUUCAAGAGGCGCCCAGCGCUGCAGAGGAACAGAACAUUGGGGAACAUAGCAGAGCGGUUCCUUCCUGGUCACCCAAAGCCGGGGCAACAUGGGAUCUUCUGCACUUACUGUGUCUAUUCCCCCGUACCUGCUGCUAAAUCCUGUCUUCUAUGUGAGGCCUCUCUGUGUGAGACCCAUCUAAAGGUGCACAGCCAGGCAGCAGAACAUCUACUCACUCAACCCACCACUUCGUUUUUGGAGAGAAAGUGUUCCGGGCACCGACGGAUCCUGGAGUAUUACUGCUGUCAGGAUGGGGCCCCUAUCUGUGUGUCCUGCUGCCUGGCCGGGGAGCACCGGGGCCACAGGGUGGAGCCACUGAGUGAGGCCUCUGAGAAGAAGAAAGAGAAGUUGAGGAAAGUUCUGGAGAAGUUGAGCCCAGAGAGAGAGGAGACUGAGAGAGAAGCCCAGAGGCUGCAGGAGCGCAGGAGAGAAGUGCAAGAAAGAGCUCUUGGUGAGACAGAGAGAGUCACUGCCCUGUUUAGAGACAUCAGGGAACAGCUGGAAGCCCUAGAGAAGCAAGUCCUAGGUGAUAUCUCCAGGCAAAAAAGGACAAUAUCCCUCCAACUCUGUGAUCUACUCAACCAAAUGGAAACCAAGAACAAAGAGUUGACUGGGAAGAUCCGGCACAUUGAGGAGCUGUGCAACAUGGAGGAUCCACUCGCAGUCCUACAGGAACGGGAAUCUGAUGCCUUCUGUGGGGCGGAGAAGGGGGACAAGAAGCGCAGAAGAACAAGUUCUACAGAUGUGCCUGAUGUCGGGGAUCUGAAGUUACUGGUUUCAAAGACAUUACUCACUGGUUUAGUUGGGAUUGUAACCACCGCGUCCUACGGACAAGAGGCUACUGACAUGUCAUUGGAUAUAAACACAGCGGCCAAUGACGUGUCGGUGUCUGAGGAUGGGAAAAUGGUCUCUGGCUCCCAAACAGACCAGUGUCACCCACAAACCCCAGAGAGAUUUGAGUUCAGGCAGGUUCUAAGCACCAAGAGUUUCCCCUCGGGGCGACAUUACUGGGAUAUGGAAGUCAGUGAAUCAGAACUCUGGGGGGUAGGCGUGGCCUAUCCCAGUAUAGAGAGGGAGGGGCCUAAAUAUUAUAUUGGAAAUAAUAACAAGUCCUGGGCUUUAUGUGUAUCUGAUGAUAAUUAUUUAGUUAAACACGACAAUAUAGAGACCCCUUUACCCCGCAAGCGUUCCUGCAGGAGAAUCAGGAUCUCAUUGGACUUCGAGGCUGGAGAUUUGUCCUUCUAUGAGCUGAGUGAGCCAAUCAGGCACUUACACACCUUCACUGCCUCCUUCACUGAGCCCCUUCAUGGGGCCUUCUAUGUAUAUUGGGAUUGUGAUUGGGUGAAAAUCAUCAGCUGAUCUGUGAUGUGUACCUUUGUAUAAAUGUUACAUACAUGUUGUAUAUAAACCUCACAGAGCACCCACAUGUUGCGUGAAGCCCCUCAUAUCAUAGGGUGCCGCCCUGGUUUGCCAGUGUUACUGAUAAAUCAAAGGGUUGAGGAGACCUCCUCAUACAUAUGCAAGUAAAUCUGGAACUUAUCCUAAAGAGGUCCAAGAAAAUCCCAUUAACGGGUUUAUCCUAUAGGCUAAAGAUCUAAAACCUAUCUUAGAUACCCCAGUGGCUGAGCUUCAGUCUUUGAGACUAGUUCCCAGAAUCCCUUGUGCUUAUUUGCAUAUGUAUGAGGAGGUCGCCUCAACCCUGGCUCUACGCAACCUGAUUGGAGAACCAGCUGUAUUGCACUGAUGAGCCCACAGAAGGGUGAGACAGAUCUGUUGUUGGGUCUGAUCAGCUGUUGUUCUGGUUUCUGCUUUAAAACUGCAUUGGCUGAGCUUUAGCCAAUAGAAUAAACCCAUGUAAAUAGGACUUACUUGCAGCUCUUUGGGGCUACUUCCCAGAAUCCCUUGUGUGUUACUGAGACAGGGCUCUGUUUGUCUCCCUAAUAAAUAACUCGUUCUCUGUG